UUUUUCCAGCGCCGCUUCCAGUGGCGGCGCGUCUGAAUGCCCGAGCGCGGGCUGGAGGGAGGUCCGGGGCCGCUGAGCGGACGGUCGAGGGACGGCGCCCUUUAGAUAGAUAAGGAGGGAGUCACUUGAAAGGGGAGGAAGGUCACUGGAGGCAAAAAGGAGAGAGAAACCCCCAAAUGCUCUUCAGUGAAUAUUCCUGUUAGGAUCAAGAUUCUCCAUUUCAAGAGGAAAAAUAUUAUUAUUUUAAUUAAUUAAUUAAUUAUUUUUUAAUUAAGGGAAAUCUGCAUCCCAUUCCUAGCAAACUCCUCCAAUGGCUCUCAAGAUUAGCCUGUAUGAGCUGGCAGACCUUUCCAUAGGGACUCCAGAGGUGGGUGUGGUCAAUUUCAAUGCCCUCCAUACCCUCCUCCAUGCCCUCCUCAGACAUCUUAAGCUUGAGGAUAUCUUAACCGAGAUUAAGCAGGAGCGGGGCCCACCCUCGGCCUCCGCGCUUGAGGCGCCGGUGUCCGUCGAGAAGGGACUUGGGGUGGUGACCGCACCGCCCAAGGAAAGUGCUACUCGGCUGGCUGACUUGGAAAAGAAGCUGCUGCAGUUGGAGCAGAACCUCCAGGGGGUGGAGGAUCAAGUCCAGGGGGUGCAGGACAGUGUCCAGGGGGUGCAGGACAGUGUCCAAGGGAUGGGCAAGAAACUGAAAGGGUUCCAGAAACAAGUCUCCGGUCUGGAGCGACUGCCUUCGGGGACGGACUUGUUGGAGAGGACCAAGAGCGGCAGCGGCACUGCGGUGGCGGACAUGUGGCAAAUGAUGCAGUUGCAGAAGAAGGCGGAAGCCAACGAGGAAGGUGUCGCGCAGGCCAUGGCUCUUCUACAGGACCUGUUGAAUGAGACAAGCAACAUGAAAUCAAAUACAGCCAACUUGGAGGAAGAUGUACAAAAAAUCAAGGAUCACUUAGCCUUGAUAGACCCCCAGGCAUUUGAUGAUCGGCUACGGACUUGCUUAAGUGAUCAGAUGAGUUUGGACCAUGAUGUGAAAGAUUUAGAGAAAAGGCUGAGCAGAUUUCCUUCCCCAGAGGAAAUGAACAAUAUGGUACGCUGGGAAGUUCUGGAGGAUGUCCUUUUGAAAGGCAAGAGGAGCCCGAGUCCUGAGACAAGUCCAGUCCACCACUCUCCAACCUCUAGUUUAACCUCUCAAGAUGGCAAAACCUCUGGACCUCCAGGAAUGCAGGCUGGAGCAUCUAGAAGAGAAGGAGCACCAGGGACUACACAAGCUGCUGUCCCAGGAGUUCAGCCAGGUGGCCAGCCUGGUGUUGCUGGGGCUGAAGAGGCCCAGGCAGGAGUAGCUGGUGUUUCAGCAGCUGUCCCUGGGGCACAUCCAGGAGCUGCCUAUCCAGGGGCUCAGCCUGGCCACCCCAUGAUCCAUCCAGGAGCCCAGGGACCCUACCCUGGAGCGCCAUGGGCCCAGCCCGGAGCUCCAGGAGCCCAGGCACCCUACCCCGGAGCUCCAGGGGCCCAGGCACCCUACCCCGGAGCUCCAGGGGCCCAGGCACCCUACCCCGGAGCUCCAGGGGCCCAGGCACCCUACCCCGGAGCUCCAGGGGCCCAGGCACCCUACCCCGGAGCUCCAGGGGCCCAGGCACCCUACCCCGGAGCUCCAGGGGCCCAGGCACCCUACCCCGGAGCUCCAGGGGCCCAGGCACCCUAUCCCGGACCUCCAGGGGCCCAGGCACCCUACCCCGGAGCUCCAGGAGCCCAGGCACCCUACCCCGGAGCCCAGGCACCCUACCCUGGAGCUCCAGGAGCCCAGCCCGGAGCCCCAGGAGCCCAGCCCGGAGCCCCAGGAGCCCAGCCCGGAGCCCCAGGAGCCCAGCCCGGAGCCCCAGGGGCCCAGGCACCCUACCCCGGAGCCCCAGGGGCCCAGGCACCCUACCCCGGAGCCCCGGGGGCCCAGGCACCCUACCCCGGAGCCCCGGGGGCCCAGGCACCCUACCCCGGAGCCCCGGGGGCCCAGGCACCCUACCCCGGAGCCCCGGGGGCCCAGGCACCCUACCCCGGAGCCCCGGGGGCCCAGGCACCCUACCCCGGAGCCCCGGGGGCCCAGGCACCCUACCCUGGAGCCCAGGCACCCUACCCCGGAGCUCCAGGAGCCUACCCCGGAGCCCCGGGGGCCCAGGCACCCUACCCCGGAGCCCCGGGGGCCCAGGCACCCUACCCUGGAGCCCCGGGGGCCCAGCCUGGAGCUCCAGGGGCCCAGGCACUCUACCCCAGAGCUCCAGGGGCCCAGGCGCCCUAUCCUGGAGCUUACCCAGGAGCUCCUGGGGCAUACCCUGGAGCUCCUGGAGCCCAGGCACCCUUUCCUGGAGCAUACCCAGGAGCUCCCCAAGCCCAGGCACCCUACACUGGGGCUCCUGGGGUCCAGCCUGGGGCUCCUGGGGUCCAGCCUGGGGCUCAGCCUGGAGUUCCUGGAGGUCCACCUGGAGUUUCUGGAGCUGGCUAUCCUGGUGCCCCUAGGGCUCAGGAAGGACAUACUGGUGGCCAGCCUGGUGUUCCUGGAGUGCAGACAUACUAUCCUGGUGCCCAAGAUACAUAUCUUACAGGCCAAUAUGGGCCUCCUGUUCCUGCAACACAGAUUGCAGGCCUACUGACAGUACCACCAGGGCCUUCUUUAGGUACUACACCCCCAGCAUCACCAGCGUUAACUCCUGUACAGGAUUCAGACACUCCCUCAUCUAGAACCAGUUUGGCCCCAGCUCGCUAUGCCGAGACUGUGGAUGCCCUUCGCCAGAUAGCCCAGCUGACCGACCUCUACUAUGCUUUGAGAGACCAGAUCAACAAGCUGGAACAAAACAAGUGCGGUCCAUCUGAUCUCCAAAGGCUGCAAGACUUCCUCACCAGUGCAGUUGAUAGGACCCUUGCCAGCAUCCCACCCAACCUUAAUGAACAGCUGGCUUCCCUGAAAUCCAUGGAAGACAUCAUGAAAGGUGAAAAAGAGAAGAUAGACAAGAUUCAGAGAAUCGUUGAAGGAGAAAUGGCGGAAAUGCCAGUCACAGAAGCACCAGUGGAGGGAGCUGGUCAGCUCAACAUGCAGAUAGGUUAUCUCAGAGGAACCGUGCAGGAGAUAGAGAAAGAACUAAAGGAGCUGAGAGAGAAGCAGGAUAAGGGGAAAGAGACGCUGGAGCAGUCGGUGACCGACACUGCCCUUGACCUACAAGAUCAGUUAGACAAGCUUAGAUCGGUCAUGGAGAACAUGAUGGCCUCUUCAUCCACCUUGCUGUCCAUGAGCAUGCCACCUACCCCGGAACCUGGGAUGGCUCAGGUCCAGCAGAGCACGUGCGCAGCUUGCAGCUUAGAUGUCAGUGAGAAAGUCAGCCAGCUGUUCAAGCGCUAUGAGCAGCUGCAGGACUCAAUAAACAAGUUCAUGUUGAGGCAGGCAGAAGGCAAAAUGGCCAAGAAACCCAAGGAGCGCCAGGAGGAAGAGAUGCUCAACAACAUCCAGAGCACUAUCCUGCAAGUUCAAGAAGACUGCGAGAAGCUGAAUGCUACGACAGGCACUCUCUUAGACGAUCAUCGCCAGAAGCAGCGAGAGAUCAGCACAUUGUUCAAGUCCCUGGAGAAGCUAGAAAAGGAUAAAGCUGACAAAGAACACAUCGUGAUGGAGAUUGAUGUGAAAGCAGAUAAGUCUGCCCUGGCUGGGAAGGUCAGCCGCUCCCAGUUUGAUGCCACCACCGAGCAGUUGCAUAAGAUGAUGCAGGAGCUGCUCAACAAGAUGGCCGGGCAAGAGCAAGACUGGCAGAAGAUGCUCGACAAACUCUUGAUAGAAAUGGACUCCAAGCUGGACCGCUUGGAACUGGAUCCAUUCCGGCAGCAGCUGGAGGAGCGAUGGAAGGACAUCCGGAAGCAGCUAAAGGAAAGGGUGCCACAAGAUGAAGGAGAUGAAGCUGCUGGGAUCCGGAGGAGACUGCUGGCUCAUUUCCACUGCAUUUCUUGUGACCGGCCUUUGGAAAUGGUGGUGCCCGGCCCGCACAUUGCAACACUGCCUGCCAUUCCAGGGUUACCUGCUCACCAGUCCCUCCGGCCAUACAUGGUGUAUGAAAUGGAACAAAUACGGCAAAUCAGCCGCAAUCUGAAGUUAGGACCUGGUGUUCGCCUUGACGCAUUAGAGAAGGCUGCGAGUCUCAACAAGCUACGGCGCAUCCAUUCCAAGAUGCUCAUGGAGAUACAGAAGGUGCAGAGCCAUUAUGGUGGAACACCGAAGGUCAACGCCCAGAUGAUCAGGGAUUUACUGCAGGCUCAGUGUCUCGGGCCCAGCCAGUAUAGCAAACGGACUCCCGAGAUGACAGACCACAGCUACCUCAGCAUGCCUCGUCACUGUGGAGGCAGCCACACCCUCACGUACCCAUAUCGGCGCUAUGGGCGACUGCAGCAGUUAGCCCAGUGUAUGGCUCCAAUACAUCCAGAGGAAAACGCCAUGCUGGCAAUGAUGAAGCACGAAGAAGUGGAUAUACUGGGCCUGGAUGGUCAUAUCUACAAGGGACGGAUGGAUACACAGCUCUCAUCCAUUACAGCAAAGGACAAUACUCCAAGGACGAAAAACAAACUAAUUCGAUCUUCCUCCCAAAGGCAUCCGCCAACCCUGCCCGAUAUCACCAGCCUCCCAGUUCGUCCUCACACUGCCAGAGGGUCUUUGCGCAGCUUGUCAGCUAAGUCACUAGGUGAGAAGUCUGCGAUGUCCCCAAAUGCUUUAAGGGACACCGAGGACCCUGGGACGCAGGACAGAGAAACACUAGAGCUACGCAUGGAAAUCCCCUCGCGCCAAAGAUCCGAUGAGCAGUCCGCCUAAGCAGAGAGACUCCUGCCUUGUGCCUUAAUGAGACAUAGUUCUUGGAGACGAAAGCCAGAUCAAUAAAAAGUGAACGAAGGGGGGGAGGAAGGCUGUGCAGAACUCCUGCGGCCACAGGAUCGAGGCCAUCUUGCACUCUGUGUAUCCAGGAGGCUGCAAACCCCGGCCUGUUCCACAGAGUGAUGUUUCUUGGGGAGGGGGGUAUGGUGGAUAACCCUUCCUUCUGCAGAAACCGAUGUUCCAGAGGUCCUGCAAUUCAUUCAUUUUAUUUGUUCAUGAAAAAUGUAUUCGUCAAUACAGAAUUCUCGUUUAAGCUGAA